GGGCGGCGAGGAGCAGAGCCCGCUCCCCAUGGGGCUGCAGCCACGGCGCGCAGCUGGGCCCUGCCCGCCCGCGGCGAGAUGCGCCGCCGCGCUGCCCGGGCCGCGCACGGCCACGGCUGGGGCCCGUGCUGAGCAGCGGGAGGGCGCCGCCGCCCGCAGCAUGUCGCUGCCGCCCGCCGCGCCCGCUGCCUCCCCCGCCGCCGCCGCCCGGGCGCAGCACAAGAAGGCGGCGGCGGUGGCGGCGGCCUCCAGGAAGGCCGCGCCCCGGCCGGCGGAGGAGAGGGCGGCGCGGAAGGCGCGAGCGGCGCCGCCGGAGCGCGGCGGCCCCGUCUCCAGCUCCUGGCCCUGCUCGUCGCUGCAGCAGCAGCAGCGGCGGCCGCCGCCCGGUCCGCCGCAGCCGCGGGGCCGCUCGGGGGCGCCGGGGGCGGGCAGCCGCUCCUGCGAGAGCCUCGGCGCGGCGCCGGCGGCGGCGGCGCUGCGCCUCUCGCUGAGCCUGCCGCCGGAGGCGGCGCGGCUGCUGCAGCGCCGCAGCCUGGAGCGGCAGCGGGGGCAGCCGCCCGCCUCCCGCGGCGGCAGGGCGGCGGCGGCGGCGGUGGGCGCGGCGCCGCGGCGGGGUGCCCGGGCGGGCGGCGGCGGCGGCGACCUGCGCGCCCUGCUGAAGAUCUCGCUGCUCAACGACCGGCACCGCUACGACGACGAGGAGUACGAGGAGGAGGAGGAGGCGGCGGCGGCCGUGGACGAGGGGCUGGUGCGCAAGUGCACCGAGUGGCUGCGCGGAGUGGAGAGCGCGGCCGGCCGCGACGGCGGCGACAGGCUGGAGCCGCUGCCGCCGCUGGGGAGCCGCUGAGCGGGGACCGAGCUGCCGCCGGCGAGGGGGGCUCCGGCGCCGAGAGAGGAGCCGGGAGCCGCCUCCCCCACACACCUCUUUUUUAUUUUUUUUCCCUUAUGACUUUUAACGACUUUAUAAGACGUGCAUACUGGCUUUUGUAUAUUUGUAUAUAAAGUUCGUUUUUAUUUAUUUGAAUAAAUGGCUGGAC